AUGAAGUUCCUCGCUGUUGCCUCUCUCCUCGCUGCCACCGCUCUGGCUCUCCCCGGCGGACAUCCUGGCGUCAACCCAAUCUUCGACAGCUCCAACGAGUACACUCUGCAGCAGGCCCAGAACAAGUGCGGUGACCACACCACUCUGUCUUGCUGCAACCAUGUCUCCAAGGUCGGCGACACCACCGCCUUCAACUACGGCGUCCUGAACGGCCUUUUCGGCAACACCCUCAGCGGCCCUGAGGGUGUCGGUAUCCUGUCUGGCUGCCAGAAGAUCUCCGUCACUGGCUUUCUCGGUCUCAGCGACUUGCUCAACAAGCAAUGCCAGCAGAACGUUGCUUGCUGCCAGGACACCAAGUCGGAGGCUUCUGGCGGUAUCGUCAACGUUGCCGCACCCUGCGUUGCUCUCGGCUCCAUCAACUAA